AUGGAACCUGUAUUCUCGAGUAGAAUCUCAAUUAAAUGGGGUGAACAAGAGCCCCACGAGGAUACCAAUACAUGGGUCCUUACUGCUGGUAAUGGGAAGUUCGUAGAUGCAAGAAUUGACUUAAAAACCAAUAUACCACAGUGGUUAAUAACUGGAGAAGAACAAGAAAUUCCUACAAAAGACGGCUACGAGUUUUCUUUGAAAUUUGUUCAUGAACUGGAUUCUGUACAUGGAAAUGAUCCCGAGCGUAGUGCUGAUUUUGGUCAUUUCAAAUCCCUGACAUAUAGUAGUAGACUCGAGGAAGGGGAGAUGUAUAAUGUUUCUGAGGAGAGAGUCAUGACGUAUAAAGAAAUUUGGCAAACCAUUGACCCAAUAAGAUCUUCAACAGAUCAUCUAGUACCCGUAGAGUCUGAUAUAUAUGAUGGAUCUAGUGUCACGUCUAUUGUCUGGGAGCUGUCGGACGACGCCAAGAAUAAUGCACGCGGGAGAUUGAUCAGUAUAGGAAAAGUUAGUCAAGGAAUUGUGGAAUAUAACGGAUUGUUUCAGUGCAUUAGAACGUGGAAUAACUCAGUGGUAUACCAAUACGGUUCUCAUGUGGAAGAAAUUUUUGGGCAGUUUAUGAAGGGAUUGAGCACUCACAAUUCCCAAUUUCCAUGGCAAAGAACAUAUCCUUAG